AUAUCAAUUAACGUAAUGAAGCCCAAACAAUCGUUGUUGUUAACAAUUCGUGUUGUUAAAUGGCAACGCAAAUGCGUCAAAAGUCGCCGUUGAGCCCUCUAAUCGCGAAGAACCUGGUGGCCAAACAUCACCGCGGCAGUUAAUAUCCAAAAUCAAGGCGGGCAUACAGCAACAAGCAUUGCUGCAUUCGCAGCGCAGAAGAGUGCCAGGCCAAGUGCCAGCGCGACUCGGGCCUGGGGAGCCACAAACUCCAAUUGGACCGAUCCCAUUCGAUCCGAUUCCCAACCCGAUUAGAGUUACGUGAGCUGGGCGCUGGAGAAAGUAUACGAAAACCGAGUAACAAAAGCAGAUUUCGUUGCCUGCCAGAUGACAACAGUCGAACGUCCGUUGACGCUAUGAACGCCAAGAAACGUCAACGCCUGGACCUGGGGCUGGACAUUGAUGCCACAACAGGAGGAGGAGCAGGUGCACCAAAAGCAACUGCCGCUCCAACGACCACAACAACAACAACAACAACAGCAACGACUGCAAGUGACUUAUCCGAUGCUUUGUUGGCCAGUUCGUUUGGCAACGGCCAGAGCCUGUUCCUGACCAGCACCGGCAAUGGCAGUGGCGGUGCCCAGAUCCUAUUGACCAUCUGCGGUGACGAGAACUCGGAUGAGUCGCAGGAGUAUUAUGCCAUCAAGCAGGAGCCCGAUAUGGAUUUGAACUCGCUGCUGCCAAGCAACCUACAGCUGCCCACUGGCUGUGAGAUAUAUCUGGUGAAGGACACCACCAUCAGUUCGCCCAUGCAGCUCAAUGGACAUACCCAUACCCAUACACAGACCCAGACGACCCACAUUCAAGCCCAGACCAUUCCACCAAAGGCAACCAUCAAACUGGAGCCGGAUUCGAUGAGCGACCGCUGUGGUCUCACUGUAAAUAAGCUCUGCACAUCGUCCACGAACAUCCUCUACGUGAGUAAUGGCGCCAGUGACGGGAAGCCCUCCACAAAUGCGACUGCAACGCCAGAGAGAGCAUCAGGCACACCAAAACCAGCUGUGGCGGCAACGAUAGCCAAAGUGGCCGCCGCCGCCGCCGCCGCACCCACAACAGCCGCCACAACUACAAACACAAUGCGUGCUCUAAAACUAAUCGAGGAGCAUGUGGGUGGAGGAGGAGGAGGAGGUGGAGCAGGGGGUGCUGGUAGCACGGCCAGUGCGGUUGGUACAACGAUGUCUGGCACUGCCACCUCCAAAUUGGAUGCGUACAAGAAGCGGGACGACAAGCGUCGUGCCACGCACAAUGAGGUGGAGCGUAGACGUCGCGACAAAAUCAAUUGCUGGAUCUUCAAGCUGAAGGAGAUGCUGCCCAUCGAGGGCAGCCGCUACCGGCCACCGCCACCAAGCAAUGGGCAAAUGGAGCCGGUGAGCAUAAGCCUCAGUUCGAGCACCAGCGAGGCCAGCACCAGUCCCGGCCUGAGAGUCAACCAGAGCGCCAAUGGACGGACGCCGCCCAACGACUCCAAGUCGCAGAUAUUGAUCAAGGCCUGUGAGUACAUCAAGAGCAUGCAGGGCGAGAUAGACAACUUACGCGAGGGCCUGCGUGAGGCGGACAAGCUGCGUGUGACCAAUAAGACGCUGCGGGAUGAGCUGAACAGCUUGAAGCGACAGCAGGAGCUGCAGGAGCGCUUCCACAGCAACGGCGGUGGAUCGUUUAAUGUGACACUGAAUUCGUUGAAUAGCUCGGCUACCAGUGACCUGUUCGAUGGCAUAGAUGGGCCACACCAUGGCAUGGGCAUGAGCAUGGGCAUGGGCAUGGGGGCCUUUGGCAAGCGCGGUCUCAUGAUAGCCGAUUACGAUGAAUAGAAUAUAUACGGUAUAGGAGGGGUUUUGGCGCUAGCGCUGGCGCUGGGUCGUCCCCCGCCGAACCACCAUACACCGCCCCAGCCUCAAACAUCCUCCAAAGAAUGACGUACCACACGUACCACGUACAAUAAAAACAAAUUGGAAAGACAAGUGAUUUUUCUUGUUAUCGCUGUUAAAUAAUUAAAUAUAUAUAUAUAUAUAGGAAAAAAAACUACAUAUAUUAUAAAUUAAUGUAUAAUUAGUUUUUUUUAUUGAUUGUUUUGUUUGAAGCACACGGAUCCUCAUUUUACAAUUGUUUGCCAUGUCAACUUUUAGUGCUGUUUGCCAUAAACCUAAACUAACCUCGGCAUCCCCCUUCCAUAUAGUAACUAUAAUAUUAAUGAAACCGUUACUUAAGCAUCACAAUUUAUGCCAUUUUUUCCACAUUUACAAGAAACAUUAUUAUAUACCUGUCCCUCCCCCUAAAAAAAUAUAUG